ACAGCAAUGGCAUCUUUAGGAUUGCAGAUUUUGGGCAUCGGGCUGGCAGUGCUUGGAUGGAUUGGAAACAUACUGAUCUGUAUGCUGCCCCUGUGGAAGGUGUCUGCUUUCAUUGGGAACAACAUCGUGGUGGCUCAGACCAUCUGGGAAGGACUGUGGAUGACCUGUGUGGUGCAGAGCACGGGUCAGAUGCAGUGCAAGGUCUAUGACUCCCUGCUGGCUCUGCCUCCGGACCUCCAGGCGGCUCGGGCUAUGGUGGUCAUCGCCAUCCUGUUCUCUCUGUUUGGCUUGCUGCUUUCUGUGGUCGGAGGGAAAUGCACCACCUGCAUUGGGGAUAAGGUGGCAAAAGCCAGAGUGGCCAUCUCCGCAGGUGUUUUCUUCAUCCUGAGUGGGGCUCUGUGUCUGGUGACUGUGUCUCUGCCUGCUAACACUAUCAUAAAGGACUUCUACAACCCCAUGGUUCCUGAUGCGCAGAGGAGGGAGUUGGGUGCAUGUUUGUACAUGGGCUGGGGAGCAUCAGGACUGCUGCUGAUCGGUGGUGCUCUUCUCUGCUGUCAGUGCCCGUCAGGAGGAGACCGCUAUAAUGGAGCAAAGUACUCUGCACCUAAAUCUGCAACACCUGGGAAGGAGUUUGUCUGAGUUGCUGUAUUACAUGAGAAGCAGCGCCCUUUGAGAAGCACUUGACUUUACAUACAAACCUGCUUAUCUAGUCGUGAUUUUCGUUGUGACUAACAUUUUUUUUACUAACACACUGCAGCCUUCUGAAAUAUACAACUCUAAAGUAUGUGCCAUG